AUGAAGCUCCUUUACCCUACCUCGGUCCCGAAUCUGGACGUGCAGAGCCUGCAGGGGUUCUCCGUCACUCUCCACCCCUAUGAUGUCAAGGUCCCCAUCCCGGAGGAACACAUUGACGCCGAAAUUCUCGUGACCUGGGCCAAUAGCACAGAGAACCUCAAGGAUGCCGCACAGCGCCUGAAGAGUCUCAAAUGGAUUCAAUCACUUGCUGCCGGACCCAACGAUGUAUUGUCAGCCGGGUUUGACUCUUCCCGCAUCGUUAUCACCACCGGUGUCAGCCUCCAUGACUAUCCGGUCGCAGAGCACACUCUUGGCCUGUUGCUCAAUGGUGCGCGACACUUCUACGAAAUGCGCGACUAUCAGCUCCAGUCGAAGUGGCCCGCCCACCUGGGCGGCUCCUUUCCGCGGUCCGAUUUCACUACAUUGCGCGAUUCUCGCGUGCUGAUUUGGGGCUUUGGGAGCAUUGCCAAGACCCUCACUCCUACUUUGACUGCACUUGGAGCCCAUGUUAAAGGCAUUGCCCGGAGUUAUGGUGUGCGGAAUGGCAUUGAAGUCUUUGCCGAGGACAAACUCCCCGAACUUCUCCCUGAGACAGAUGCUCUUGUUAUGAUCUUGCCCGGCUCCGAAUCAACAACCAACGUACUUAAUGCCGAGAGACUGAAGUUGCUCCCGAAGCACGCUUGGGUUGUUAAUGUAGGCCGUGGAGUUUCAGUUGAUGAAGAUGCAUUGGUGGAUGCCCUGGAGAAGGGGGAGAUUGCCGGAGCGGCAUUGGAUGUGUUCAAGGAAGAACCUCUGCCUGCGUCGAGCCGGCUUUGGAAAGCGCCGAACCUUAUUAUCUCCCCUCAUGCCGCUGGUGGAAGACCUAGGGGCUGCGCUGAGCUUAUUGCGGACAACCUGCGACGAUUUAUCGCCGGGCAGCAACUGAAGAAUGUAAUCUAA